AUGGUCGAUAAACUCGCAGUACAAGACUCUCGAGUCCAAUAUAAGUCGGCUGAUGUAAAUGGUCGAACUUACUCUUAUAUUCUUGCCGAACCUCAAAAUGGUGCUGAACCUGUUGGCACCAUCUUUCUUAUUCAUGGGUUCCCUGAUUUGGCAUUCGGCUGGAGAUACCAAGUCCCCUUCCUCCAAGACCUCAACUACCGCGUCGUAGUCCCCAACAUGCAAGGUUACGCUAGUUCAUCCUCUCCCCAAGAAGUCAGCGCCUACACCUACAAAACGGCCGCAGAUGAUGUUGCCGCCCUCGCCAAAGUCAUUGGAGCCACAUCCAUUAUCCUCGGAGGUCACGAUUGGGGUGGAGCAACCGUCUACCGCAUUGCUAUCCACUACCCCAAACUCAUCUCUGCCGUCUUCAGCAUCUGCACUCCUUUCUUCCCUCCCCAACAAGAAUAUAGAUCCCUAACUGUCCUCCCCAAUUUCAAAUACCAACUGCAAUUCCAAGGACCCGAUGUCGAGAGGGAAAUUGUCGGAAAGGAUAAAUUGAGAUCAAUGUUAAAUGCAUUAUACGGAGGACGCACCGCAGAUGGCGAACUCGGCUUCUCCGUCGCGGAAGGAGUACUCUUUUCCAAUCUGGAAAAACUCGGUCACACACCUCUCUUAUCCAAGGAAGAAUUAGACUUCUACGCGGAACAAUAUGCUAUCAACGGAAUCCGGGGUCCAUUAAAUUGGUAUCGUACGGGGGAGUUGAAUUUCGAAGAUGAGAGGGAAUUAGCGCCGUUGUUUCAUGAGAAGGGUCUCAAGGUGGAUAUUCCUACUAUGUUUGUUGCGGGUUCGAGAGAUGCCGCUUUACCUCCUGCUAUGGGUGAGGGAAUGGAGAAGUGGUUUGGAGAGGGGAAGUUGAAGAAGAAGGAGGUGGACACUAGUCAUUGGGCUUUGUGGGAGAAACCGGAGGAGGUUAAUGGGUAUAUUGCGGAGUUUUUGCAGGAGACUUUUGGGGGGAAGAGUCAUCUUUAG